AUGAAGGCAUAUGUGGUAUGCCCGAAGACUAUCAAGAAGCCCUUUCUACCUUAUCGAGACAAGAAUGGGACUCUCAUCUUUCCAACUGGGGAAUUUCUCGGUGUCUACUAUAGCGAGGAGUUAAAGUAUGMUGUUGGCAUUGGCUACAAGGUGAUCCCAAUCUCAGGAUACCUCUUUGAGAGGAAGGAAAGCCCAUUCAAAGACUUUGUUAGCUCGCUCUUUUCAAGCAGGUUGGAAGCUAGGAAAGAUGGUAAUGAGGCUUUGUCCUAUGUGUACAAAAUACUUAUGAAUUCGCUAUACGGUAGAUUUGGCAUUAACCCAAAAAGCACAACAACCGAGGUCUGCAAUUCAAAAAGAUACAAACAUUUGUUCAAGAAGGAUGAGUUUAUAUACGGUGAUAAGCUUAGCGAGGACUGCUACAUCGUAUCCUACCAUGUCAAUACAGGGAAAGACGAAGAUUAUUGGAACCCACCAACGAACUCAGCUGUCCAACUAGCUGCAGCUAUCACUGCCAAUGCAAGGAUCUAUAUGUACCCAUAUAUCUCAAGAGAAGACAGCUACUACACGGACACAGACUCAGUUGUGCUAGGUCAGCCACUACCUGAAGAAGUGAUUUCUUCUUCUGUCUUAGGUAUGUUUAAGCUGGAAGACAGAAUCUCGAAAGGAUUCUUUUUAGCACCRAAAUCCUAUUGCUACUUCAGAAAAGAUGGAACCAAUGUAAUCAAGUACAAGGGACAAGCAAAAUCACUUUACAUUCAAUGCGAUAGUAAUCUCUCAGUUCUCAUUUGUAGUUCAAUCACUAGAAAGAUGGUGAAAGAUGAUUUUGUGUUACCAGCUCAAGGAGUGAUUGAAAGUCCUUGCGGUGAUGGAGUUCGUAUCCCAUCUGUUCCAAGUGAAUUUCAACCGGUUGUUGGUUCAAUCUUUGGAUCUUUGGAGGAUGGAAUUGAAAUGUAUCAAAGUAUGCCGACAUUGUCGGGUUUGAUAUUUGACUAUCAACCCAGAAGACAAGGAAGGGUGGUAUAG